AUGGAUGCCGAGUAUGUCCUAUGCAAUUGGAAAGACCAGUUGUGGCCAGCAAAAGUUUUGUCCAGAUCUGAAACUUCAUCAGACAGUAAGAGAAAAAAGUCAUUUUCCCUAGAAGUUCAAAUACUCUCACUAGAUGAAAAGAUUAAGGUAGACAGUACAGAAACAAAGAUACUAACUAAAUGUCAAAUUGAAGCCAUUACCGCCUCACUAGGAGAGCAGUCAGAGGUCAGUUCUCCAUCUACCGAGGAAAUGACCUAUAGAAGAUCUCUGCAAGCAGCACUGGAUAUUCUGAAUGAGAGCACAAAUCUGAGUCAAGCAAGUAUUUCUGAUGAUGAGACCAGUACACUGUCUGAAAAUGCACCACAAAAUGAGUCUGAUUCACCCCCUCCUAAAAAGUAUCGAAAGCACGAAGGGGACUUAGAAAGUGAAAAUUCAAUAUCCCUGCUAAUAUCUUCAGAGAGUGAUGAUUCCCUGCAUGAUGAUAAGCCCCAGGUGCACACAACUACUGGUACUAUUCCAAGUGAAACUGAAAUGAAGUCAUCACAAAGCCCCAGCUUGUGCCAGACUUCUUCUCUUUCAGAAGAUGAGGAUGAAAAAAAGAACAAGGAAAAGGUUAAUAUCUCAACAUUUGUGUCUGUGCAUUCCACAGCCAAAGAGGAGGAUGUGGGUAUUAAAGAUGAAAAGAUUGUUCCAUCUUUACCAUCAGAUAUUCAUGCUGUGCCCAAAGUUUUAAAAGAGGAGAAAGAAGAUACCUGCCAAGAGACCCUGGAUAUUUCCUCUGAAUGCUCUUCUCUCUCAGAUAUUGUUGAGGAUCCUGGAGAGGGUCCCUCAAAUCCACACUUAGAAGCCAGCCAAAGCCAACCUGCUGUGGAGCCAGAGAUGGCUGCUACAACAUCUACUGGGAGUCAGUCAUGGGAAUGCCAGGGUUCUUCUAGUGCCUGUAAUCUUGUCUUGGAUUAUUCCCUUGCUGGGAAUAGAGAAAGAGAUCUUCAGGCACUGGAUUUUGAGGAACUUGAUGAAGUUCAAGCUUCUGACAAGUCAUUACCUCAAAAUCCUGUUGAUGUUUCCUUGUUAGAUGAUGAUGAGGAAGAGGAAGAACUUCCACGCUUCAUUUUAAAUUAUGAGUCACGUUCAUAUGAAACAGGAAUGAUAGUCUGGUUUAAAUAUCAAAAAUAUCCAUUUUGGCCUUCCGUGGUAAAAAGCAUCAGAAGAAAAGAAAAGAAAGCAAGUGUGCUUUUUGUUGAGGCAGACAUGAAUCCUGAAAAGAAAGGAGUUAGAGUAUCUUUUAGAAGAUUAAAGAAAUUUGAUUGUAAAGAGAAACAAGCCCUAGUGGAAAAAGCCAGAGAAGAGUACAGUGAAAGCAUUGACUGGUGCAUUUCCCUGAUUUGUGACUAUAGAGUUAGACUAGGGUGUGGCUCUUUUUCAGGCUCUUUCCUUGAGUAUUAUGCUGCUGAUAUUAGUUAUCCAAUUAGGAAAGUGACCAAACAGGAUACCUUCAGGAACAAAUUUCCAAAGCUGCAUAACAAAGAUGCUGGGGAAGCAAUGGUUGUGACUUCUCAGACCAAGAAAAUGUCCUUCCGGAAAAUUCUUCCUGACCGGAUGAAGGCUGCUCGAGACCGAGCCAACAAGAACCUCGUGGAUUUUAUUGUGAAUGCCAAGGGAACAGAGAGUCAUCUUCUGGCCAUUUUAAAUGGCACAAAAGCAUCCAGAUGGCUGAAAUCAUUUUUGAAUGCAAACAGGUUCACACCCUGUAUUGAAACAUAUUUCGAGGAUGAAGAUCAGUUGGAUGAGGUGGUGAAAUAUUUACAAGAAGUCUACAAACAAAUAGAUGAAAGAAUGCUGGCUGUGAUAAAAGAUGAUAAAAUCAAGUUCAUCCUGGAAGUUCUUCUCCCAGAAGCAAUUAUUUGUUCAAUUUCUGCUGUUGAUGGGUUAGAUUAUGAGGCAGCUGAAGCGAAGUAUCUAAAAGGACCGGCUUUAGGCUACAGGGAAAGAGAAUUAUUUGAUUCAAAAAUCCUGUUUGAGAAGAGACGGAAACCACCAACAAAUGAACCUCAUUAA